UCCGGUGCUGCGCGUGCGCAGUGGUUUGGAGGUCACCGUGUGCGUGUGGAGGGGCCGCCAUGUCCUGGAUCUUCGGCUUGAACAAGGGGCCGCCGCCGGCCGCCGGUGAUCAGGCGGCUCCGGGGCCGCCGCCAGUCCCGCCUCCGCCCGGGGGUGGCGGCGGCGAUGGGUCCGAUCGCGAUCGGCACAAGGACAAAUGGAGCAACUUCGACCCGACCGGCCUGGAGCGUGCGGCCAAGGCUGCCCGGGAACUGGACUCAUCCCGCCAUGCCAAGGAUGCACUGGAUCUCUCUCGGUUACAGGAGCAAACAGUCCAACUGGAGCAUCAAAGCCGCAUCAAGGAGUAUGAAGCUGCUGUGGAGCAACUCAGAUCUGAUCAGAUCAAAAUCCAAGGAGAAGAGAAGCGGAAGACACUUGCUGAAGAAACCAGGCAGCACCAGGCACGAGCUCAGUACCAGGACAAACUAGCAAGGCAACGAUAUGAUGACCAACUCCGCCAGCAGCAACUGUUGAAUGAAGAAAACCUGAGGAAACAAGAGGAAUCUGUUCAUAAACAAGAAUCUAUGCGGAGAGCUACAAUUGAACAUGAGAUGGAGCUCCGACACAAGAACGAGAUGCUGCGAAUCGAAGCCGAAGCCAAGGCUCGUGCUAAGGUGGAACGAGAAAACGCCGACUUAAUCAGAGAACAGAUCCGAUUGAAAGCUGCUGAGCACCGUCAAACUGUUCUUGAUUCCAUCAAGACAGCUGGGGCAGUGUUUGGAGAAGGAUUCCAGGCCUUCGUUUCUGACUGGGACAAAGUGACGGCCACAGUGGCUGGACUGACACUGCUGGCUGUUGGUGUUUACUCGGCCAGGAAUGCCACAGGAGUUGCUGGGCGAUAUAUUGAGGCUCGGCUGGGAAAACCUUCCCUGGUUCGGGACACGUCCCGCAUUACGUUAGUGGAAGCACUGAAACAUCCAAUCAAGGUUGGUAAACGUUUGAUGAGCAAGCCACAAGAUGCACUGGAGGGAGUCGUGCUGAGUCCAAAAUUAGAGGAACGUGUUAGAGAUAUUGCCAUAGCAACCAGAAACACCAAGAGUAACAAGGGACUAUACCGAAAUAUCCUCAUGUAUGGACCUCCAGGUACAGGGAAAACCCUUUUUGCUAAGAAACUAGCUGUACAUUCCGGCAUGGAUUACGCUAUCAUGACAGGUGGUGACGUGGCCCCCAUGGGACGUGAAGGUGUCACCGCCAUGCACAAAGUCUUUGACUGGGCAGCUACUAGCCGGAGAGGGCUUUUGCUGUUUGUGGAUGAGGCGGAUGCGUUCCUUCGAAAGAGAGCAACAGAAAAAAUCAGUGAAGAUCUGAGAGCAACAUUGAAUGCGUUCUUAUACCGAACAGGGGAGCAAAGUAACAAGUUUAUGCUGGUAUUGGCAAGCAAUCAACCAGAACAGUUUGACUGGGCCAUCAAUGAUCGUAUUGAUGAAAUCGUUAACUUUGGUCUACCAGGGCUAGAGGAGAGGGAACGGCUGGUUCGGUUAUAUUUUGACAAAUAUGUCCUGAAACCUGCCACAGAAGGAAAACAGCGCCUGAAAGUGGCCCAAUUUGACUAUGGCAAGAAAUGCUCCGAGAUUGCUUUGGUGACUGACGGGAUGUCGGGUAGAGAGAUCUCCAAGCUGGGGGUGGCCUGGCAGGCUGCAGCAUAUGCCUCCGAGGAUGGUGUCCUGACUGAAGCCAUGAUUGAUUCCAGGGUGACCGAUGCAAUUCGUCAGCACAAGCAGAAAAUGGAGUGGUUGAAAGACGAGGGCAGAGAGAAAACCCAAGGCACGCAGCAACCUUUGCCUUCCCUAUCAGAGGGUACACCGGUGUGAGUGUCCGAUGCAGUGUCUGCACCCUGUAGCUGGGCCAGGAAUCCCUGAAUUCAACUGCUGAGCACCAACGUAAAACGUGCGUCAGUUUAUACUGUCCAGUCUUGAAGGUUAUUCACCUCUGACUGCCCAAUGCUUGAGUAACUUUGCAUGUGGCUCUGACCCAGAACUGCAGUCAGUUCCUGUCCCAUUUGACCUGCAUCGUGCACUCAGGCAGACGUUUUCAGCUGAGGACAUGGCUUGUUACAGAGGAAAACAAAGGCAAUGCUGUGUGUCAAUCUGUCUCAGCAACUGAAGUAUCUGUGUCCUGCCAGAAAACUCCUCACAGCUGCUAGGUAUUCAAUGUGGACUCUGGGCUGGGACAAGAUUGUAAUGGUGAAUUCUGCAACUGAAAGACGUUUUGCAUUGAUGUGAGUUUGAUUCCUGGGUUCCUUUCUCAAAACGUUGAUCUCUCUAAUUUGCAAUUGGAACCACCAUGCUCAAGACCGAAUCCCUUUGACUGCCUACCUCAGAUGCAUUUCUUGAAAUAAACAUUUUCAGUAACUUUCCAGUAACUGUUCACACAGAUCAUGGGAUUCACGUUGUACAAUAGUGCAUUAGUGGUAGGACUGGGAAAUCUUUGGUUUGGAACUGAACAGGUUAUUCAACUGAGUUUUACUCUGAGAAAUUAAACCCAUUAUAAGUUAUUGAACCUUAUAAGUAAACUAGGAAUGAGGACUUCUUCCACGCAGAGUCCAACUCUGUCCGCUUGUCAAAUGUAAUGGCAUAUUGUUGAGACGUGUUGACUGACAUAACCCACUGGAAUUAAAUGAGACUGCUGGCCAGAUCCUGUUUGUCUUGCUCUCAUGUGGAUGAUUAUUAAUCCAUCUAGUAAUCGUAUGAUCCUAGAAUUCCUGCUGAUGACAUUAUUGGGUCAGAUUACCAACUUCCUUAUUUAAUCCUUUCCAUUAGCUUCUAAAUAAGAGCUAAAAAAAAAUUAGAUUUUUCAAUCUAUUAAAAUUGUUUAAAUUAAACAUUUAAUUUAUCCCUUUUCAGUUGGAAUAACUUUAAAGACUUUUCACUGCUGGUGAAUUAUUUUGCAGGCAAACUGAUUUCUAGAAAUAGAAAACUUCAUUCUUAUUUCAUAGGGUUAAAAUACUGCGGUGUCUCUUGUAGUUCUGUGCCAACCCAGCUGCUGACUACUUUGGACCAAAGCCAAUAUUUAAACAAAAUAUUAACUUAGAACUAUUCAAUCACGGUGAAAACCCAUUUUUUCCCCCUCAUUCUUGCCUUGUUCCUGAGACGGUCUCUUUCAUCCUGCACCGUAUCCCUCUCAAGUUGCCCACUUAAUAGCGGAUAGAGGUUAAAGCUGAGAUCCAUUGAUCUUUAGUGAGAAUAUAUUUUAGUGUGGAAACUGGUAUAAAGUUGAAUGAAAAGGCAAUAUCAUGCACUGAAUUUCUGAGUAAAGAAACACUUUGCCCUCUUCCUUCCUUGCUGGUGGUGAAAGGUUUGAGUCAGUUGGCAGCUUUUGAUCUCCCAACCUGGAGGACUUCCAAAAGUUUCUGCCCAGAACAAUGUACUGGGGGAAGAAAUGACUUGUUAUGGCUUCAGCACAUCCCAUUCAAUUGGCAAUAAUAAAACAAAAGGAUUCCCUUUUAAAAGGGAGAAGGGAACUGGCUCUCGGUGUGCUGAUACCUACAGAUCUUGUCCAGGGUUCAGUUACACAGAGCGUGGGAAGGGUUAGUUAUGGAGUCAGCUCUGAGAAUGCUGAGGCAACAGUUUGUGGUUUCCGAAAUCCAACAGUUUCAUCCUGUUUAAACCAAUGACUACAUAUGGUAUUUGUUGAUGUUGAGCUAAGUACAAAGGGCCUAGUUUUGGAUCUGGCAUAUUAAUCCUGUAAAUUAUGGUUAUUUGCCUCUAUUUUAAAAUAGUAAAGCUUAGCCCUCAAUGAAAGGUCCAUGUAAUCUGUAAAUGGAUCUAAGUAAUGCUUUUAGUGACCUCUUGUCCUCUUUUUAUAUUCCCCUCCUCCCCCCCCCCCCCCCCCCCCCCCCCAUGUCCCUACCUCUCUCUCUGGAAUGUUCUGUCCUUCCCAGUGGCUCUAGAAUGGUUGGUGCUGAGCUGCCAUUGAAGACUGUAAACUCCAUUGAAAGUGAAAGUACAGCAGUGUACUUUGAAUCAUGUUUGGGCAAGUGGGUGGUGGGGUUUCUGAUCUGCUGCAUAUAUUCUAAAUGCUCUGUUAAUUGUUGAAGCAAUCCUAAUAAUCUUACAGUGGGAAGCCAUGUAUUUCCUUUUGUAUGUUUUUAAGUUGGAACUGAUUCAGUCUUUUUUUUAAACAUCAUCACUAUAUUCCAACAUGGAAUGAUUUCAAUUUGGUAAAUCCUUUUUUAUUGGAUUAAACAUGUAAAUCCUGCUCAUCUAAUAAACUGAGAUUAUAACAUGUUAG